AUUUAUUACGUCGUCGUCGUGGAAAGACAACAAAAUGGCAGCUCGCACAACCUCUCUUCUUCGUGUCGGACGAAAUGGAUUCGUAUCAAUCUUUACGAGAUCGCAAGGGACAGUAGCGGCAUCAUCAGCACCAAAGUCCCAGCAGGAAGACAAGCCAAAAGGAAAAAACGCACCUGUGUUUGACUGGAGAGAUGCCUUCAACCUGGAGAGUUGCCUCACAGAAGAGGAGAUCAUUGUCAGAGAUCAAUUUCGAGCCUACUGCCAAGACAAGCUUAUGCCCAGGAUUCUGGAAGGCAACAGGCAUGAAAAGUUUGACCUGAACAUAAUGCGUGAGAUGGGAGAGUUGGGAGUUCUAGGCCCAACCAUCACAGGCUACGGCUGUGCUGGGCUUUCCUCUGUGGGCUACGGUCUCAUCACAAGAGAGCUUGAAAGAGUGGACAGUGCGUACAGGUCUGCUAUGAGUGUCCAGUCCAGUUUGGUCAUGUGGCCGAUAUUUGCUUAUGGAACGGAAGAGCAGAAACAGAAAUACAUUCCCAAGUUAGCACGAGGAGAGCUGAUUGGGGCUUUUGGCCUGACAGAGCCGAACCACGGCAGCAACCCAAGUGGUAUGGAGACCAAUGCCAAAUACAAUGCUGAUAAAAAGACCUACACACUGAACGGAGCCAAGACUUGGAUCACCAACUCGCCCAUCGCUGACCUAGUCGUUGUUUGGGCCAAGUCAGAUGUAGACAACAACCGGAUCCGAGGUUUCCUCAUCGAAAAGGGAACCAAGGGUUUGUCUUGUCCCAAAAUAGAGGGGAAGUUUUCGCUGAGAGCGAGCGUCACAGGGUCUAUUGUCAUGGAGGAUGUGGAGAUUCCGGAGGAGAACUUGUUGCCGAAUGUUCAAGGAUUAGCGGGCCCUUUUGGUUGUCUCAACAACGCUCGCUUCGGUAUCGCAUGGGGGAGUCUUGGAGCUGCUGAGUUCUGCUUGGAAACUGCCAGGCAAUACUCCCUAGACAGAAUUCAGUUUGGCAAACCUCUGGCCAAGACACAACUAAUUCAGAAAAAGUUUGCAGACAUGCUGACAGAAAUCUCUCUUGGCUUGUUUGGCUGCUUGCAGGUCGGACGUCUCAAGGAUGAGGGAAUGGCGACACCCGAAAUGAUCUCUGUCCUGAAGAGGAACAACUGUGGGAAGUCUCUAGACAUCGCCCGCAGUGCCAGAGAUAUCCUGGGAGGGAACGGAGUCUCAGAUGAAUAUCACGUGAUCAGGCAUGUGAUGAAUUUGGAGGCUGUCAACACUUACGAAGGUACGCAUGACAUUCACGCCCUGAUCCUUGGAAGAGCUAUCACUGGUCUGCAGGCUUUCACAAGCGACUGAUGCUGGACACACACAACAAGACUUUCAUUUCUGGAAGGAUACUCUGCUGAUAAAAAGCUACUUAAAUAGAGAGGAAUUAACUCUUAGUAUGUGGCAUGCCAGUUUAGCCAGUUCGCAUCAUCGCUCGGUUAUUUACAACAAUUGUAACAAAUUAUACCAAACUCCAGUCAGUUGUUGUUAUCAAAAAACAGUCUAUAUGUUUUAUGCUCCAGUCAUUCAGAUCUACUCAGUUUGGUGUUCAUUCUAUGGAAAUAGGUUAAACAGGAGUGGUGCUACUGGUAAGUUUGUGAUGCUGAAAAUUUUAAAGACAAAAUAGGCUGGGUACAGAGGAGAAAUAGCCUGCCAUGUACUAGGAGUUAAAGGAGCUUGCUUUCACUGAAGAUACCUGUGCUGGUGAAUUUACUUGAACUGGUUCUCAGUUGGUCUUUUUGUACUGGCUGGCUCGUUUUGACAUUGAAAGUUGGCUUGCCGUUACGGGUUGUGGCUUUUUAUCUUUUUUCUCAAUUGUAUUGGAGAUUUGUGGAGAAGGGAGGUAGUGUUUGCCUUUGAUUCUGUGCAUUUUUAAUUUUAGAAUGGGAUGAGGUUGUUGAGCAUCCUAUUUUUUGCUGUCUCUAUUAGUAGGAUGUGCACUUGUUUGUAUUAUCAUAGAAUUUGAAAGGAACAUGUUUCUCUUUAUAAUGUCUUUCUACCUGGAAAUAUUGUGGAGAACUACUUUCUCUUGUGGAUAAAAAAAAUCCAGGGGGAAAGGGUCUUUCAGUGUCCUGCACCCUGAUUCAGGAUGAGAAAGGCAGUGACGAUGACUUUUUGUCCUAUUUUAUUGUCCAUGGAAUCAUCGCACUAUUACAGACUUACACAUUUCUUGGGAUGCACAUCAUAAGACAUAUGUGGAGGUUUUUCUUCCUAGCAUAUCGCUUGUUGUUUUUUGUGUCGGUGAAAAAAAAACGGCCCCAGUAGAUUUUUUUGUUUGUACUGUGCAAUGUUUUCAGAGGUAACAAAUACCUGUGUGUGAAAAAAAAAACUUCCUCUGCUCUUGAACCAUUCUAAAGACAGUUUUCUUCUUAAUGCAGAAAGAACAAUAGUGAGGUGGGGAAAAAAACCGGGUAUGUGAAUGUAUUGGUGAAAAAAACUUUCGAUGAUAAUUGAUUAUUGGUUUGAUAGUUUUGUUUUUCUGUCUAGUCAUUUAGACUAGUUGUGGUUUAUGUUCAAGCGCUUACACCUUGUUAAAAAAUGUGUUUCCUUUUUUCCUCUGUAUUUUUCAAAAUGAAGAUACUUUCAUUUUAUGGUUGUAAAGGAGGAUCAAAGCUUUUGGCAUUUAAUGAGUAUUCUUGAGAAAUUUAUACACUUCUGGAGACUUGUAUCUUUAGUGCUUGUUGACAGGGGGGGGGGAGGGGGUUUAAAUUGCUGAGACUUUAGAGCGGUUGUUGUUGUUUUGGGUUUUUUUGUUUCUUUUUGUAGAGACCGUGUAGAGGGGAGUUCCUGAAAUCCUGUUAACCUUGUGUUUGCUAUUGUUUUGGGAAUUUAAAAUAUUUUAAAAGGACCAUUCUUGAAAGUGCUGGUAAUUGUUAUCAUGAAAUGAAAUUCUUAUUCAGAAGCAUUUGAUAAGGGUAUACAUGCCGAUAAUGUUGUUGACAAAUAAAAUGAUUUGUAAAUAGUAA